CUAAUGUUUUUAGGACUGGCAAGAAUUAACCUUAGAGGCCACCUAAAUUAUCGGGAAAUAAUAACCCGAUUUGAAAGGCAAAGCACAUUUCAUGGUAUUUCACACGCAGCCUUAGCUCCAAAUACAAAAUGGAGAGUUAUUUGGUACACAGCAUUUACAGUAUGUUUAUGUGCUUUGCUGAUACAAGUUAUAAUUUUGAUACGACGAUAUCGCUCAUACGCUAAAACUGUUGAUCUCGAUCUCAAAUUUGAAAAUGCACCAUUCCCUUCCGUAACACUGUGCAAUCUUAACCCUUACAAGAUGUCUGCAAUCAAUAACGAACCACUGACUCGUGCAACGAUGGAUGCCUACCAGCAUGCUAUGAAAAGUGGCAUGGAAAGUUAUGGUGUAGCUGCCGCUUUACAGUCUACAAAUAAAGGUUUGCAGCAUUCUCGUAAAAAAAGAGCAACUGAAGAGUGGUAUUUUCCACUGCAACGAUAUAACCCAGUACAUGUUUCCUGUGCAUGUGAGCUUGACCCAGUAACUGGAAAACGGUACCAAAAAAGCUGCUUUCCAGCCAACAAAGUAAAUUCAACAGAACCGCUAGAAGCUCUACUUUACACCGAAUGUAUCUGCCAAUUUGACCUAAAACGGAAUACUACAUGGCCGUGUUUUCCAGGUAAAUUCCCUCAAGAAAUUUUAUGCAACACUUAUACAUGGGAAACUCAUACCUGCGCGGAAUGCUCAGUUAAAUUAGGUAACUGUUCAAAAAAACUAUCUCCUACAGAACUAGAUAGUACAAUUAUAAAACGACCCAGGCGCCAAAUGUAUGCUCGAGCAGCUCGAUGCUGUUGUCAAGUAAAUUACGGAAAAUGUCUCAAGGAAAACUACUAUCUGCAUGUGACACCAGAAGAACUUAUUGCUAGGAUGGAAAGUAUCCUAGCUAAAGAAAAGAAAACCACAACAACUACACCAUUUCCAACAAUUUCUCUGCCAACAACUACUCAAACACCUGAAGUUAAAAAAGCUCUAGGCUUUGAAGAAUUGAAAGAUGAAAUUUCAAUUAAGAAUCAGGCACAGCAAAAUCUAAUGUUUGCAGUAGGAGGCCUUUCGGAAACUAAACAAGCCAAUCUUUCGCAGACAAAAGAAGAGUUCAUUUUGAAGUGUUCAUUCAACCAAAGAGACUGUGAUAUUGACAGAGACUUCACUAAAUAUUAUGAUCACACGUAUGGGAAUUGUUUUACUUUUAACUGGAAUAGGACGAAAGCAGUAACAGCCCAUCGUGCUGGAGCCAAUUAUGGGCUAAGGGUUCUACUUUACGCUAAUGUGCAAGAAUAUUUGCCAACCUCGGAAUCAGUAGGAUUUCGAAUAACUAUCCACGACAAAUGGAAUGUACCCUUCCCAGACGCUUUCGGUUACAGCGCUCCCACUGGCAGCUUAUCCUCUUUCGGUGUAAGAAUGAAGCAAUUCAACAGAAUUCCAGCCCCACAUGGACAGUGCAUGGAAGGUGGUGAAGACUCACCAGAUUUCCUUUACAAAGAAUUCAACUACUCUGUAGAGGGCUGUCACAGAAGUUGCACCCAAAAAGAAGUAGUGCGCUUAUGUGGAUGUGCUGACCCAACUUAUCCUAGGCCUCAAAACGUCAACUAUUGUCCUGUAACCGACCCAACAGCAAGAGAAUGCAUCAAAAACACAACAAGAAUAUUAGGGAAGCUUAUAGCUCAAGAAAACGUUCCUAACUGUGUUUGCCACCAGCCAUGCAGGGAAACCAAUUAUGAAGUAACUUAUUCGGCAGCAAGAUGGCCCUCCGGUACAGCAAAAGUAAUGGAAUGUGAGGCCAGAAAUGAAAAAUGUCUGGAACGUUAUCGUGAAAACGCGGCUAUGCUCCAAAUAUUCUAUGAAGAGCUUAAUUAUGAAACACUCACUGAAUCUCCAGCAUACACACUAGCAAGUGCUCUAGCAGACCUUGGCGGUUUAACAGGUCUUUGGAUAGGUGCUUCAGUCGUAAGUUUACUAGAAAUCGUUGCGCUUGUUGUUUAUACGGUCCAGGCUUACGUUCGAAAGAAAAAGAUGGUUGCAAGCAAUCAACAAAACCUCCGACCAUCAUUUCUAUCUUUACUAAAAAAAAGCUCAAAAGCCUCCACAAGUUCUCAUUCAAAGUCUGACCAAAAAUCGCCAACGCUUGAAAGGCUUUCGCAACACUCUGUUCUACUAGCGGACGAGAGGGAGUUAAGCAAUUCAAGUGAAGAGGAAGAGCUUUCAAUAAAAAGAAAAAAUUCACGUUACAUAGCUCCAGGAGAAGACUUGCCAUGCGACUGCAUCUAUAAUGAUGAAGGAAAAAUUGAGUACAUGAAGGCACUAUGCCCUGAACACGGCUAUCUCGUCCGGAGGAGAGAAAGCUACAAUUACGAGUAUGAUGAUGAAGAUGAAGAUGAAGAGGAAGAAGCAUCAGAUGAGAGUCGCGCAAGGAUGAAAUCGAAAAGACACAAAGCAAUUAGCUAG